UUAAUAUAUAAUUUUUUAAUAUAAAUUUAUUUUUCAACUCUAACCGUGAAAAGAACGGCCCCAAUAUUUUACCCUUUUUUUCUCUCUGUUUUGUCCUUCGCUUUGGUGGAGAAAUAACUAGCGGACCACAUUCACCACAUGUCGUUUUCGUCUAGCCGGUUCCGUCGCCUUUCUUCUAUAUGAACCAUACAUCCGCAUACGCUUAUCAGUCAAACAACUGAAUUUCGACUUACAAUUCUCUAAUUUCCAAAGAUCAACCCACAAAGACCAGUAAUGGCGGAAGUGAUCAACAAGCAAGUGUUACUAAGAGAUUACGUGUCUGGUUCUGCAAAGGAAUCGGACAUGAUUGUCACCUCUUCGACUACGAAGCUCAAGCUUCCAGAAGGUUCCAAAGGGGUUCUCGUUAAGAACCUUUACUUGUCCUGCGAUCCUUACAUGCGAGGCCGUAUGAGGAAGUCCAACCUUAGCUCUUAUGUCGAUGCAUUCAAGCCCGGUUCUCCUAUCACCGGGUAUGGAGUGGCUAAAGUGUUGGAUUCUGGCGAUCCAAACUUUAAGGAAGGCGAUUUGAUAUGGGGAAUAACAGGGUGGGAAGAGUACAGUGUUAUCAAUGCAACGCGCACACACUUUAAAAUUCAUCACACUGAUGUUCCACUGUCUUAUUACACUGGCAUUCUUGGUAUGCCUGGUAUGACUGCUUAUGUUGGUUUUUAUGAGAUUUGCUCUCCUAAGAAAGGAGAAUACGUCUUCAUCUCAGCAGCGGCCGGAGCGGUUGGUCAGCUUGUUGGGCAGUUUGCUAAGCUUGCAGGUUGCUAUGUCGUAGGGAGUGCUGGCAGCAAAGAAAAGGUCGAUUUGCUAAAGAACAAGUUUGGAUUUGACGAGGCUUUUAACUAUAAAGAAGAGCCUGAUUUGGAUGCAGCUCUGAAAAGGUACUUCCCAGAAGGCAUUGAUAUUUACUUUGAGAAUGUCGGGGGAAAGAUGCUCGAUGCUGUGAUACAAAACAUUCGGGACCAUGCUCGGAUUGCUCUUUGUGGAAUGAUCUCACAGUACAACCAUGAGCAGACUGAAGGUGUUCAUAAUCUGAUGACUCUUGUCUGGAAACGGGCCCGCAUGGAAGGAUUCUUGGUCUUUGAACAUUAUCACCUCUACCCAAAGUUUCUCGAAUUUCUUCUGCCAAACAUCAAAGAAGGUAAGAUAGUGUAUGUCGAAGAUGUUGCCGAAGGAUUGGAGAAUGCUCCGGCAGCUCUGGUUGGGCUAUUCGCGGGGCGCAAUGUCGGGAAACAGGUAGUCGUUGUUUCUCACGAAUGACUUGCCUUUGCAUAUGUCUUUGGUUGCUGCAGCUCAAGCACAAACUCACUGCAAAUACACUCAAUCUUUAUCCAUGUUCAACGGAAACUUUUACUUUCAAACUCCUAUGUUUGCCAGUAUAUCGUAGGGCCCGUUAGACAAAGCUUUUGUUUUUGUUUUUAGCCUGUAGGAAAAGAGAAAUAAAAACUGUGACUUUUCAAUAAGUGUUUAGAACCAAGAAUUUAUUAGGUCAAAAUGAUUUUUAAAUUUU